CUGCCCCCACCCCCUUUCCGGCUUCCCAGGCAGUAUGGCUGCCACAGCCACGAUGGCUGCUUCAGGUUCUGCGCGGAAGCGGCUGCUGAAGGAAGAAGACAUGACCAAAGUGGAAUUCGAGACCAGUGAAGAGGUGGACGUGACGCCCACCUUCGACACGAUGGGUUUGCGGGAGGAUCUGCUGCGAGGCAUCUACGCCUACGGUUUUGAGAAACCAUCAGCUAUCCAACAGCGUGCUAUCAAACAAAUUAUUAAAGGAAGAGAUGUCAUUGCACAGUCUCAGUCUGGUACAGGCAAAACAGCAACAUUUAGCAUUUCAGUUCUCCAGUGUUUGGAUAUUCAGGUGCGAGAAACUCAGGCUUUGAUCUUAGCCCCUACCAGGGAAUUGGCUGUACAGAUUCAAAAGGGUCUUCUUGCUCUUGGUGAUUACAUGAAUGUCCAAUGUCAUGCCUGUAUUGGGGGGACCAAUGUUGGUGAAGAUAUCAGGAAAUUGGAUUAUGGGCAGCAUGUUGUUGCUGGUACACCAGGUCGUGUCUUUGAUAUGAUUCGUCGCAGAAGUUUAAGAACCCGUGCUAUCAAGAUGUUGGUUUUGGAUGAAGCUGAUGAAAUGCUUAAUAAAGGGUUCAAGGAACAAAUUUAUGAUGUGUACAGAUACCUGCCUCCAGCUACCCAGGUAGUUUUGAUCAGUGCCACAUUGCCUCAUGAGAUCUUAGAAAUGACCAAUAAAUUCAUGACUGAUCCAAUUCGCAUCUUGGUAAAACGUGAUGAAUUGACUCUCGAAGGAAUCAAACAGUUUUUUGUGGCAGUGGAAAGGGAAGAAUGGAAAUUUGACACUUUGUGUGAUCUUUAUGAUACCUUGACCAUCACUCAAGCAGUCAUCUUUUGUAAUACCAAGAGGAAGGUAGACUGGCUGACUGAGAAGAUGAGAGAAGCCAACUUCACCGUUUCAUCAAUGCACGGAGACAUGCCCCAAAAAGAGAGAGAGUCUAUCAUGAAAGAGUUUAGAUCUGGUGCAAGCCGAGUACUUAUUUCUACAGAUGUCUGGGCUAGAGGAUUAGAUGUUCCUCAAGUCUCUCUUAUCAUUAACUAUGACUUACCAAAUAACAGAGAAUUAUACAUACACAGAAUUGGGAGAUCAGGUCGAUAUGGCCGAAAGGGUGUUGCGAUUAAUUUUGUAAAAAAUGAUGACAUCCGUAUUCUCAGAGAUAUUGAACAGUACUACUCAACUCAGAUUGAUGAAAUGCCCAUGAAUGUUGCUGAUCUUAUCUGAGGAAACAACUUUGAAGACCAGUUGGAGACUAUUUCCCUAGUUUUAUACUACAUUUGGAGGUUGAAGAGCUUACUGUAUGCCAUAUAGGUACAACUUUUAUUUAAUAAGAGGGUUUAUUUGUGUUAAACUCUCUUCACCCAACUCCUGCCCCACAAGCUGCUCUUUGUGGGAUUUCUGCCUGCCUGCGUGUAAAUUAUGCAUUAAGUCUGUUUUUUCAUUAAAAAAUGAGAAAUUUUCACAUAAAG